ACCAAUGGCCACUUGAUGUGUGCUGGAUGCUUCAUCCACCUGCUGGCAGAUGCCCGGCUGAAGGAGGAACAGGCUACCUGUCCCAACUGCCGCUGCGAGAUCAGCAAGAGCCUUUGCUGCCGAAACCUGGCGGUGGAAAAAGCCGUGAGCGAACUGCCCUCGGAGUGUGGCUUCUGCCUGAGGCAGUUCCCUCGCUCUCUCCUGGAGAGGCACCAGAAAGAAGAAUGCCAGGACAGGGUGACGCAGUGCAAGUACAAGCGGAUCGGGUGCCCGUGGCAAGGCCCUUUCCACGAACUGACCGUCCACGAAGCGGAGUGCACCCACCCCACCAAGACGGGGAACGAGUUGAUGGAGAUUCUGGACGAAAUGGACCAAACGCACAAAAGGGAAAUGCAGCUCUACAACAGUAUCUUCGGCCUGCUCAGCUUCGAGAAAAUCGGUUACACAGAGGUUCAGUUCCGUCCCUACCGGACCGAUGAUUUCAUCACGCGCCUUUACUACGAGACGCCCCGCUUUACGGUGCUGAACCAGACGUGGGUCUUGAAGGCCCGGGUGAACGACUCGGAGCGCAACCCCAACCUGUCGUGUAAGCGCACCCUCUCUUUCCAGCUCAUCCUCAAGAGCAAGGUCAGCUCCCCCGUGGAGUGCUCCUUCCUGCUGCUCAAGGGACCCUACGACGACGUGAAAAUCAACCCGGUCAUCUACCACUUCGUCUUCUCCAACGAGAGCAACGAGACGGAGUACCUGCCGCUCCCCAUCAUCGACUCCGUGGAGUGUAACAAACUGCUGGCCGCCAAGAACAUCAACCUGCGUCUCUUUAUAUUCCAGAUACAGAAGUAA